GGCGAGAAGGAGGGCGGAAGCUUGAGUGAGAGGCCUGUACCAGCAUCCAUUUUGUUUGCUGAUCGUUUCUCAAGGUUAGAAUUACAAGUGAGAUCUGGAUUUCGUGCAUGCGAGUUGAACUUUGAACGUGGAUCGACAACAGAGGAAGAGAUGAUAUAUUGGCGGUAGGGUGAUCAGUGUUUCGUACUCUUGGAAUCUUUGGUGUGAAUGUGAGUUUGUGGGGGUAGCCCAAAAAUCAUUCAAGAACUGCAAGGUUAGGGUAUGUGAGGGCGGUGUCAUGGAGAUGUAGGCAGGUUAAGGAUUAGUAGAGUGUUUUCUGUUUAGGACGGAAACGGUGGUCGUGUCGCUGCCGGUUUUUGUGCGGAGGUGCCGUGGGCUAAGGCCAGCGGCCGGUUUGUAUUCCUCAAGGAUGAGCAUGAAGAGAUCAAAAGUGUUGGCGAAUUUUUCAUCCCUUCGCGGUGAAGUGCUGAGCUCACAGAAUCAUGAACGGGGCUUCCCUAUGGUCAUCAAGGCACCGGCAGUCGCCCUGCAGUUGCUACGUGCAUUGGCGCCGUCGGUUUUUCCAGGAACAAGAUUUUGCAGGAGUAUCUGUUCGGCUUCUGUAUUGAGUGAUAAUAUUCAACAGCCUAGACCAGCCGGUGUUUGGAUGUGCAAUCGAAGUGGUAGGAGAAGUGCCGACGCACCAGUGGACGCUGGUCAACUCAGAAGAAUGUCAGAAGGAAAUCCAUUCAAAAAUCUUGUAACAGAGUUGGCAGGGUCCAAAAGCAAAUACUACAGUCUCGUGAAAUUGGGAGACAAAAGAUUGGAUACUCUGCCGUACUCAAUAAGGAUUCUCCUGGAGUCUGCAAUCCGCAAUUGCGACAAUUUUCAUGUCAUGAAAGCUGAUGUGGAGAAAAUUAUAGACUGGGAGAAAACAUCAUCAAAGCAAGUUGAAAUACCUUUCAAGCCUGCCAGGGUCAUUUUGCAGGACUUCACAGGGGUACCGUGCGUUGUGGAUUUAGCUGCGAUGCGGGAUGCGAUUAAGCGCUUGGGUGGUGACCCCAGCAAAAUUAAUCCCCUGGUGCCUGUGGACUUGGUCAUCGAUCACUCUGUGCAGGUUGAUGUUGCCCGUAAAGCAAAUGCACUUCAAGUUAACAUGAAAUUAGAGUUCCAGCGUAAUAAGGAACGUUUCGCCUUCCUUAAAUGGGGAUCAACUGCUUUCAAGAACAUGCUUGUGGUUCCCCCAGGGUCUGGGAUUGUCCAUCAGGUGAAUCUCGAGUACCUUGCCAGGGUGGUCUUCAACAGUGAGGGGUACCUUUACCCGGACAGUGUCGUGGGAACAGAUUCUCAUACCACGAUGAUAGACGGACUUGGUGUUGCAGGAUGGGGAGUUGGAGGUAUUGAAGCUGAAGCUGUUAUGCUUGGCCAGCCAAUGAGCAUGGUUUUGCCACUUGUAGUAGGCUUUAAGUUGUCCGGCAAAAUGAAAACUGGAGUAACAGCCACGGAUCUAGUGCUAACAGUGACACAGAUGUUACGGAAGCAUGGAGUCGUUGGAAAAUUCGUAGAGUUUUAUGGUAAAGGCAUGGCUGAAUUGUCGUUGGCAGAUCGAGCAACAAUUGCAAAUAUGGCUCCUGAGUAUGGAGCCACUAUGGGGUUUUUUCCAGUUGAUAAAAUCACACUCGAUUACUUGACGUUGACGGGUCGUGAGGGAAAAAAAGUUAAAGAGAUUGAAGGGUACCUACGGGCAAAUAAUAUGUUUAUUGAUCACAGCAAGCCACCAAAGGACAAUAAAUACUCAUCGCAUUUGGAGCUCGAUCUGAACACUGUUGAACCUUGCAUUUCUGGGCCUAAGCGCCCUCACGAUAGAGUAAAUCUCAGAGAGAUGAAGAAGGACUGGAAAGAUUGUUUAAACAACAAAGUUGGAUUCAAGGGGUUUGCGAUUCCUAAAGAUAAACAGAGUAAGGUUGCGAAAUUUUCUUAUGAAGGCAAGGCAGCAGAAUUAAGACAUGGCAGCGUGGUCAUUGCAGCAAUUACAAGUUGCACCAAUACCUCUAACCCUAGCGUGAUGAUAGGAGCUGGGCUUGUAGCCAAAAAGGGAACUGAAUUGGGAUUGGAGGUGAAGCCUUGGGUAAAGACUAGUCUAGCACCAGGAUCUGGAGUGGUCACCAAGUACUUAGCGAAAAGUGGUUUAACGAAGUACAUGGAUCAACAAGGCUUUGGUACAGUGGGAUAUGGGUGUACCACGUGCAUAGGCAAUUCUGGCGAGCUUCAUGAAGAUGUUUCCAAAGCGAUUACAGAAAACGACAUUGUGGCGGCAGCUGUACUGUCGGGAAAUCGAAACUUUGAGGGGAGAGUGCAUCCCUUGACGCGUGCCAAUUACCUGGCAUCCCCUCCUCUGGUGGUUGCGUAUGCGUUUGCUGGAACGGUCGACAUUGACUUCGCUAAGGAGCCUAUUGGAAAAAGCAAAGGCGGAAAAGAUGUAUUUCUGAAGGAUGUUUGGCCUUCAAAUGAGGAGAUUGCAAAGGUUGUUCAAUCAUCAGUGCUUCCGGAUAUGUUCACAUCGACCUACCAGGCCAUCACGAAGGGUAACCAGACGUGGAACAGCCUACCUGCGCCUUCAGGUUCUCAGUACGCUUGGGACUCAAAAUCAACUUAUGUCCACGAACCACCCUUCUUUCAGAACAUGCCCAAAGCUCCUCCUGGUGGGAAGCCUGUGAAAGCUGCUUACUGCCUUCUCAAUUUUGGAGACAGUAUCACCACGGACCACAUAUCUCCAGCCGGUAACAUUAACAAGGACAGCCCAGCUGCCAAGUUUCUUAUGGACAGAGGAGUGCAAAAGAAGGAUUUCAACUCCUACGGAAGUAGACGUGGUAAUGAUGAAAUUAUGGCUAGGGGGACCUUUGCCAAUAUUCGGAUCGUCAACAAAUUUUUGGGAGGAGAAGUAGGGCCGAAAACAAUACAUGUUCCCUCCAAAGAAAGACUUUUCAUUUUUGACGCAGCCAAGAAGUACAAAGAUGAAGGUCAUGAUACAAUAAUUUUGGCGGGAGCAGAGUAUGGGAGUGGUAGUUCGCGUGAUUGGGCUGCUAAGGGUCCCUACCUGCAGGGAGUCAAGGCCGUCAUAUCAAAAAGCUUUGAACGCAUUCAUCGCAGUAACCUAGUAGGAAUGGGUCUUAUCCCACUAUGUUUUAAGCAAGGGCAGGAUGCAGACUCUUUGGGAUUGACUGGUUAUGAGAGAUAUACUAUUGAAAUGCCAACUGAUAUGAAGCAAAUCAAACCUGGAAUGGAUGUCAAUGUAACGACUGAUGAUGGGAAAUCGUUCAAGUGCACGCUUCGAUUUGAUACCCAAGUCGAGCUGACAUACUACAUGCACGGAGGCAUUCUUCACUAUGUGCUACGCCAGCUUGCGGCAAAGUAGACUUGGAGUUGAAUCACUAUGUGCUACUUUGGCAUGCAACUGAAUUAUCGCAUUGCGCGGACUCAGUUUCCUCCAUCCAGUCGUUCGCAAGGUCUUUGCUUCAGCACUUUCCCAGUGUUCCUUUGCAUUAAAGGACUAAUUUCACGGGAACUCUUUGAAAGGGAAAAUGGAAAAUGGAAAAUGGUUGAAAUGAAGUAGCUCAGCACAACUUCUGGAGCUCUGGAUCUUCAGGCGUUUGAAAUCUGGAUGCAACAAAGGCUCUUGGAUAUGAUGAUCAAACCUCGCUGUAGUUUGCGUUUUUCUUUCCCACCGCUAUUCACCGGAGUCUCGUUUCACAAGGCUUGGACUCGUCGAAUGGUCUCCUCUUGGAGACUGCAAAGUUGUUGAAAUCAUGUGUCUCCAUGCUGUAACACAGAAACAGUGAGAAAUGUUGUAGUUUGGGGAUAUGCCUGGAUUUUUCCAUCUGUCGAAUCGUAACUCUAUCUUGGCACCCAAGCAGACUCCUCUGCCUUGUUUGACAAGAAUUUCCUCAUGUAUGUGUAGAAGUCUUUUGAUGAUCCCCUUUUAAAUAAAUAUGUGAAGUUAAUGUUGUGCAUUUCCUCUUGGGGAGUGUACAUGCCACCAAGAAGGCAAAUGAAAUUCUGAGGUGAUCCUUUGUAAAAAGACAUGGAAAAUUUUAUUUUGUCUUUAUACAUAUCUAUUAUAUCGAACAAUAUUUUAUUUAGAAGUAUUAGUCCAAAGUUGCAGAUUAUUAAA